AUGGAUAUGUGCAAUGAAGACACUUCUGACUGUUCAGAAGGAACAAUGUCUGUUUUAGUUACAAAUUUAGAGAACAAAUUUAAAGUGAGAGACUAUUUGCUGAACGAAGUGAUCGAAGGUCUCCUAAAAUUUUCAGACGUAUCCAAAAGGAUCAAGUCAAUCAAAGUAAUCCUAAAUUCAGUCAUAGCGAAUUACGGAAGUUCAUCAAUUUAUAAUGAUAGGAACCAGAUUUUAUGCAAGAAUGAUUUGGAUCAAAUUUUAAGCCUGGAAUUACUGGAGGAGAAGGUGGCUAAACCACUAAUCGCUGGAGAAUACUAUAACGAACUUUUGAAGGAAUCAGUAAAAUUACUUUUUGCUUCAUCAUCAUAUCUACCGCCCGAAAUUUACGGCAAACUUUUUACAAUUGAGCUCCUUAUGACUUUAAUAUCAAUUUCCGAAGUCGCCAGUACCGACAUAAACUCUAAUAUGGAAGUGUGGACGUCAUGUAUUUCAACUAUUAGAAAUAUUAUUUGCCAUUUUAACCUAUCAAACGACCUGCUUAAUAGGAUAGUUAGUUGUUUUUUUAAUAUCGUUGAUGAGUCGUCUGUCCAACUAUGCAACGUAAUUGUUGUCAAAAUCUUGUUUAAAUCAAAUGAGUCAGAUGAUUUAUCUCCUGGGACACUUCAGUCAAAUUUAUGCUUUACCAUAAAGUUGAGUAGAAGGAUUGUUGAGUAUUUGGUUUCAGUGCUCCACAGAACCCAGGAAACUCAAAUACUUUCAACUGCUUGUAGUACUCUGGUCACGAUUUGCGAACAUUCCUACGGAGUUGACUUAUUUCUUGAGUCAGGAGGUCUGAAAAGGAUAAUUGAAUUAUCCCUGGUUGUUGCAAACAAGCACGAAGCACUAGUUGCAUUGGAGAGUAAGUGCAACAAGAAGUCUGAAGUCUCACAAAAGCAUAUGGUUAGUUCGCCUAAAUUAAAUAUAAACGUUGACCAAGCAUUCAAUGAACUUUCAUUUGGAGCACUGUCUGUGAUUAGUAAAAUGGCGUUUACCUCAAACCACAACCAAAUACUUUCAUUAAUAGAAAGUGACGUGCCAGACUCACUGGUAAGGCUAUUGAAUUGCCCGAUCACGACAUCGAAAUGCAAGGCUAGAGCCUGUAACACUCUAGGAAACUUAGCGUGUGAAACUGACAGCGAAGUCCAGGCAAUAAUCGACUCUGACGCGCUGAAAACUUUAGUUGCUAUUUUCCAAAAUGAUUUGGACCAUACCGUGAGAGUCGAGUCGGCCUACGCAAUUUGUGCCUGCCUUUCCAAAGCUAACCGGAAACAAAUAGGAUAUAUAAUAUCAUGUAAUUCUAAAUCAAAUCAUCUAGGUGAUGGUACUUGUAUGCAAUUAAUCUCAAACAUGCUAGAUUUCAUAGUAAAAUGUGAUCCUUCAGAUCAAAGCAGCAUUAAGCUUUCUAAAGUUGUUUUAAACGGAGUCGAAAAUAUUUUAAGGGUCGGAGAACACGAGAUCAAAUCUUACAAUUUAACUGAGAAUCCGUAUACAAGAAUGUUUAGAGAAGCUGAGGUAUUUUGUAGUCCAGGAGAUGUCAAAUUAUCAAGAGUGUGUUUUUUUCCAGAGUAUAAUAUCGCCAAAAAGGCUAGAAUGCUAAUGGAUGAAUUUUUCAAGUCCACCAGACCAUGGAAUAUUGAAGUAGUACACUAA